UUUUUAAAAGGAAGCGUUACUGAUUUUCCGCAGUUAUGAACAAAUGAUAUAUAAAGGCUGAAAAGGAACUUUUAUGAAUUUCAAUAAUAAUUAAGAUACAACAAAGAAUAAUAAUACCAGUUGUAGUGUAUUCUUACUUCCAGACAUUGGAUUAUGUGGUGGAGGAGUGUCACUGUCUUCAAUCAUAAAUAUAUUCCCGAGUUUCGCAGUAAUGUCAGAUUCAUAAGGGAUAAACCGUGGGUGCCUAAAUUCAGACUCAUCCGUCAGAUGCAACCAUGGGAUUCACCAGUUGAUCCCAGCAGUAAUAGAGUUAGUGAGCAUGAAGGCGUAUCGGAUAUGCGAAGGAGGUUACGUAGAAAUGGAAUGUUACCUCCUCUAAUUUUUCAAGAUCGUCCAAUAAAUAUUGGGCAUACAGGAGGUAUAUUCAAUCCGUAUGUUCCUCCUGAUGGAGAUUAUCAAACUUCAUUAUUGUCCCCAAAGAGACUGACAUCUUUAAAAGACAAUCUCCUUAGUAAGGGGAAGAAUUAUAAGGAUUUGAUGCUAAUUCGGUCAUAUGAACCCUCAUUCAAUUCCAAAUUAUUCGCUGUUGAAGCUGAAAAUAUUUAUGUUGAAGCUCAUGAUUUGUUACAAAAUUACCGUCAAAAUGAAUCCCGAUUAUUUGAACUGGUUACUGAAAAAGCACUAGCAGAAAUGACUGCUGACUUAAAAUUGCGAACUUUACGAUGGAAGUUUGUUGGUAAUAUUGAACCACCCAGAGUUGUACAAAUACGUUGCAAUGAACUUUUAUCUAAAAGCAAUUACUACGCUCAGGUUACAGUUCGUUUCUAUACACAACAGAUUUUAUCAAUUUACAAUCGUUUUGGUCGUCUAUUGUAUGGUAACCCGGAUACUGCUGUUGACGUACUCGAAUACACUGUAUUUGAAAAGCAUAUUUCUGAUGAAUAUGGUACAUGGAGAUUACAUGGUAAAAUUUCUCAUCCGAAUUCUACAUCGAAAUUUACCUAUAUACCUACUCAACGAUUACUGCCAGUUAAUUCAUCAUCAACAACAACACCGGAAUCAACUAACUUACUAGCAAAUAAUGAAAAUGACACUGAUAAUCCUAUGUCAGUUACCAAUUCAAAUAAAGAUAGUGUAAAUUAAUUUCAUGGUUUUCUAUAUUAACAAAAAG